GUCAUUCAGUCAUAACAAAGUAGUUACUCAUAUAUCCCACACGUCUCAGCUUUUACUUUGAUACUUAGAAUUACAUUGUAUCAAGCUUCUUACGGUCAUUCUUGCGAUUAUUUUGUCGUUUCUUUCUGGCUUCUCAUCAAGUUCAACUUAACAAAUACACUCUCUUCUUUCUUCAAUAAAUCUCAAUAACAGCGGAAUUGCUCCUCUAAGCUUUGUUUAAUAGAAUCUCUACCUAUGCUUAUCGUCUUUCGAGAAUCAUUGGCCCAAUUUCAGACCAUGAUUAUGUUAAUUUUCAUAUUGGUUUGGGGUCUCUUGAGUGGACUUGUAGCUUCUACAGUUUCAGUUGAUAUCAAUGCAAAGUUCUCCUACCUUACUCUUGAUCCAAAUGCCACUAUCACAAAAUUUGAAAGUGUUCAAGUGGUUCCUCGCUCUUCCAACGCGCUUGUCAUUCCAGGCAAUGUUCAAGCGGUAUGGCCUGCACUUCAAAAUAACCAAGGAAUCAUGCAAACUGUGGUCGCAAACCAAGGAAGCAUCGGAGAAUGGUUUUAUAUUGGAUUAGAAUUUUGUUGCACACCUAAAGACUGGCAAGCUGAUAAAGCUCAGCAAGUAUACCCGGGAGAUCGUAUCACCACAAAGUAUCAACUGAUGAGUGCAAAUACUGGAGUUUAUAAUGUUACAUGGAAGGUUGAGAGGGGCUACUUCGACAUUCAAGCUGGUGAAAUGCCCUUUACUGCAGAAUCUUCUUUCAAUCCUCAAGAGCAUUCGACCCCUGGUGGCCAAGGCCCGUUUAAUAAGGCACUGUUCGCAAUCGAAACACAAGGAGGGAGUAAGUGGGACUUUGGGCCAGUUCAAUGGGACCAAAUCACUAUACAAGCCGACACCACUAGAGGUGAUUGGUGUUUUAAACCUAUCAACAACACAGAUUUCCAACAUUAUCUUGCCUCCCCUACCAUCUUCAUCUCUGGCAAUCAAGUCAUCUGUGAAUAUUCAUCGCUGAUCCUUGGAGAUACAAAACCACCUACAGCUGUCUCAUCUCUCACAACUUCACACACUGAACCUGGUCCCACCACACAAGAUCUAGUUCUCUCGCCUACCACAAGCCCCACAGCUACAGUCUUCAGAAAUAGUCGAGAGCCAUCUCUUCCAACACCAAACCUCGCUGGACCAGGCGAAAUUCCCACCUCGACGCUCUCAAAUGGUCUCCAAGACCCAUCCUAUCCUGCGCUGUCAGCCUCCUUGGAAUCAGCCAAUAACUACCACAGUUCCUACAAUUCAGUUCGAAUGUCCAAAUACACUGUCGCACUAGAAGCUGAUCUCAAGAGCGUCUUUGGAACUACCACUAUCACGACUGUAGAUGGGGAUAGUGCAUUAACAACCAUCACAACCGAUAACUACAAAGCAUGGGCUACCGCUUACGCCGCGGCACACAGGAACGAAACGGGCAAUUCUACAAAUGCGAAUGGUGAUGGAGAUACCGUUCGUCUCAUUCCGCUUUCACUUCCGUGGUUAAUGGCUAUGCUCGUCAUAAUCAGCACGUUGAUCAUGGCUGCUACUGCGUUCUUUAUCUACAGACCUAGACAGGUGUAUGUUUCGUAAGGAUAUUUUAAUUUCAAGCAUGAUCGACACUCGCUGUACUCUAGAACAUUCAAGGGGCGUAGGCACGAUGAUUUCUAGAGUUGGAAUUCCAAAUAGGAAGGACUGAGCA